AUGGCGUCGUUAUUCGAUCCCAUUACAAUCCGCGGUAUAACCAUCCGCAACAGGACUAUGCUGUCUCCAAUGUGCAUGUACUCUGCCACAAAUGGAUUUCCCAACGAUUGGCACUUCGUGCACCUUGGAUCCCGUGCCGUAGGUGGUGCCGGAUUGAUCCUCACAGAAGACACGGCCGUGCUCGAGGAAGGCCGGAUCUCCGCAGGUGACCUUGGCUUGUGGUCCGAUGAGCACAUCAAGCCGCUCGCGCGCAUUGCCGACUUUGUACAUGCUCAGGGCGCCGCCUUUGGUUUCCAGCUCGGGUAUUCGGGGCGGAAGGGAUCGACAACCAUUCCUUGGCGCGGAGGGCAGCCGCUCGGUGAAGGAAGGGCUCUGGGCCCAAAUGAACGACCGUGGCAGACGUUUGGGCCCUCGCCGAUUGCCUAUGGGGGCACUCGCGGCCAGGUUCGCACGGAGAUGUCCAUCGGCGACAUUCGACGGGUUCAGCAAGGCUUUGUUGAUGCUGCUCUUCGUGCAGACAAGCUCGGCGCGGACGUUGUUGAGUUUCACGCGGCUUGGGGCUACGUCUUCCAACAGUUCUACUCUCCACUCUCCAACCAACGGGACGACGAGUACGGCGGCUCAUUUGACAACCGGAUCCGCUUCCUGCUUGAAACGGCAGAGGCGGUGCGUGAGGUGUGGCCUCCACACAAACCUCUUUUUGCCCGCAUUGCGCUCUCGGAUUGGGUCGAAGGUGGCUGGACAUUCGAAGAGGCAGUUGCCCUAUCGUCGAAACUCCAGCAAGCCGGCGUGGAUCUUGUGGAUGGCAGCUCCGGCGGCAUCGGGCACUUCAAGCUCAAUCGGCAGCUUUCUCCACUGAUGCAUGUCCUGCUGAUCAAGCGUGUCCGUGAAGAGGCUGGAAUUGCUACAGGUGCAAAUUUUGGGAUUGAAACCCCCGAAGAAGCAAACGAGAUCGUGAAGAGCAACGUGGCGGAUAUGGUUACUAUCGGAAGGGCGAUGUUGAGAGAUCCGUACUGGGCUUGCCAUGCGGCGGAGGCGUUGAAGGACGAUCGACUGUUUUACCCAAACCCAUAUGAGCACUGGCUUACCGGGCGUUCUGUCGUCAACAAGUCGGAGGGUCAAAAUGGCAUAGUUAACGGACUCACGUAG